CACCUGCUGGGCGGUCCGCCGCAUCGCCACAGCACGGCGAGCGGCACGGCCACCACCCUGCUACCGGCCGCCGCCACCAGCCACUGCGACAGCCCCCACCCCCGACCUCGCGCCCCUGGGGCGCGCGCACGCCCAGUGCAGCGGCGAAUAGGUCAUAGGGCGCCACACCCCCGGCCAACCUCCGGGUGCCUGACGCAUGCGCGGUGAGGCCAAGGCGACGACGCGGGGACCUCUCCUUAGGUGUCUACUCUACGGCCUGACUUGGAUCUCAACCUGCGCGCCGCCCUGGCCCGCGGUGACCGACGCGGACCAGGUGUUGAGGGGACAGCCAGCGCCUUUAGAUUUAUGUUAAAUCCGGCGUCUCCAAAGACAGGUAUUUCCGGGGUCCUCCAUGGGAAGCGGCUCACCAGAGCGAACGGCGACCCGCUAGGCCCAGCCCGAAGUGCUCCUGGUGGUCCCAGCGCUGCGCUGGGAAUCGGUUCCGGGAGGAAGCACAGCACUGGGGCUGCGUGUGCUGUGCAGCCUACUGCCGCUCACGGAGUUCUUUCUGCGUCACGGAAACCCACGCGUGCUGUCCAGGGAUGUGGACGCUCUGAUCGACGCCGGAGGCCCACGCUGGCCGCCCAGGAGCCCAGAAUGAAGCGGCCUGAUCCUGGGCAGUGUCGUGGGCCGGCCUGUGCCGACCCUUCCACGUCUCCAGGGACGGCAGCCUGUGCCUCCUCGAAGCCCCACUUUCUCUUCCCUAAGUUCUGCAAGAGGGCAUAGAAUAACCCCAGGCUUUCUCGCACCUGGGACUGCUGUUCUUUUAGUACAUUACGGAGGCAAAGAUGCCUGGGAAAAGGCCCCGAUAUGCGACGGCCAUCCCGAGUGCCAAAAGGGAACGGAAAGCAAUUACCCUCGACGUGAAAUUAGAAGUGUUAAGACGGUUUGAAGUGGGUGAAAAGCUCAGCCAGGUCGCAAAGGCCUUAGGCCUUGCUGUCUCUACAGUGGCGACAAUCCGAGAUAACAAAGAAAAAAUCAAAGCGAGUUCACAAAUAGCUACUCCGUUGAGAGCCUCCCGUUUGACUCGCCACCGAAGUGCAGUCAUGGAGACCAUGGAGCGGUUGUUGCGUGUGUGGCUUGAAGACCAGAGCCAGCGAAACGCGCCCCUGAGCGUCACCGUUAUUCAGGAGAAGGCUAAGAGUUUGUUCGAUGACUUACAGCGUGAACAAGGGGAAAGCUCUCAAACAGCAAAGUUCAGUGCAAGUAAAGGGUGGUUUGUGAGAUUCAAGGAACGCCACUGUUUGCCCCACUUCAAGACGAACAGCACGGCCCCUGGUAAGGAGGCUGUAUAUCCAGAAGUCCUGAAAAGCAUCAUCCAAGAAGGUGAGUACACCCCGCAGCAAGUUUUUAAUGUAGAUGAGACAGGGCUUUAUUGGAAAAGAAUGCCUGAAAGAACGUUUAUUUCGGUAGAAGAGAAAGCUGAGCCCGGGUUUAAAUCAUCCAAAGAUCGCUUGAUGCUGCUUCUUGGUGGCAAUGCAGCUGGGGACUUUAAGUUGAAGCCCUUAUUGGUGUACCACUCGGAAAACCCCAAGGCUCUGGAGGGGUACUCCAAACCCAAUUUGCCUGUGAUUUGGCGCUCCAAUAAAAGGGCCUGGGCGACCAGGAGCAUCUUUCAUGAGUGGUUCACAUACUUUUUUUGCCCUGCCGUUGAAAAAUACUGUGUCCAAAAUAAUCUCACCAACAAAGCACUGCUCAUCGUAGACAACGCGCCAUGCCACCCAGUAAAUUUGAGCGAUCUGUCUGAUAAUGUAAGAGUGGAAUAUCUUCAUGACAAUACAGCUGACUCGAUCCAGCCCAUGGGUCAAGGUGUGGCCUCUACCUUCAAAGCUCAUUACCUGAGAAGGACUUUUGAGCACAUCCUAGAAGCAACAGAUGGGGACGAUACAGCUGAGAUCAGGGAGUUUUGGAGAAAGUACAGCAUCAUGGAUGCUGUGGACAACAUUGCAGUAGCUUGGGAGGAGCUCAGGCCAGCAACAAUGAACAGCGUGUGGAAGAAUAUUUGGCCCGAGUGUGUUCAGUUCCAGAGUGUUUGCCAAACAGACAACAUUGCCCAGCUUCAGCAAAAUAUCGUGACCCUUGCCAAGAGUGUGGCGCUCGGAGAGGUGGGAGAAGCUGACGUGGAACAGCUGCUGCAGUCCCACGAGGAGGGUCUCUCAAAUGAGGAGCUGAUGCAGCUGGAGCAGGAACCGGCAAGAGAGGAGGAGGAGGGUGAAGAGGCUGCACCUGCCCUGCGCCAACUAACCACACGGGAGCUGUCAGCAGCCUUCUCACAUUUUGAGGCCGGCUUGCAGGUCCUUACCAGUAACAGCCCUGAUGAUGCGUGGAACCUGAAAGUUACGAGAGCAAUCAAUGAUGCAAUAAGCUGCUACAGGGACCUGUACAGUGAGAAGGAGUGGCGCUCAAAGCAGCUCUCCUAGGCGACUCAGGGUGCGUGACCAGACGCAACGGGGUGACCUCCUGGGUGAGGCCCAACCAAGCCUCUGCUUUCAGGUGUUUAACAUCCCUGGAAGCCCUGCUUCUGGUAUUUUCAUUUUGACACUUAAGAGCAUCCGUUAUGGCAUUAAAAUUUUACUUAAAUAUGUGCUUUAAGAAGAUUGAAUGAAAGAAAAUCCAGGAAAAGUUAUUUAAAACAAACUACGAGGAGACUAGCCCUGGUAGACAUUAAAACACACUAUAAAACCUCUGUGAUUGAAUCAGGGAGGUAUUCAGACCUGUAGGAUACAAUAGAAAGUCCAGAAAUAGAUACAAAUAGGCUUUUGGUUUUUUUUAAAUAGCCCAGGACAGCUGGUUAAAAUUUGGCAAAAGAUAGUUAAUUCAUAACUCACAGCAUACACAAGAAUAAACAAACAGAUGAGGGAUCUAAAUGGAAAAAAUGAAACAAGUACUACAAAACACGUGGAUGAAUGUCUUUGACGUGGGUGUUGGGGAAGAUUUUCUAGGACUCAAAAUCCAGAGGAGAUUUAAGAUUGAUCAGUUUAACCAUAUGAAAAGGUAACAAAACUUUUCUAUGAGGAUAAAACACUACAAACAAGGUCAAAGGCAAAUGACACACUGGAAGAAAAUUUCUCACAGAUAAUGGGCGAAUACCCCUGAUAAGUGAAGGACUGUUAAAGAUGGAGAAUACCAAAAAUCCAAUAGAAAAGUGGGCAAGAGAUAGAAUUCAUAAAUAAGUAAACUAGAUCCUGAAACAUAAGCUUGACCUCACUCAAGAGAAAUGCGAAAGCUACACAGAUACCAUUUCUCAUCAUUCAAUAAUCAGAAAGUGUGACUGCACACUCUCUUGGGGUGGCUGGCAUUACUCGCACCCUCAUUCAUUGCUGGUGAGCGUGUGCGGGUUUGCACGUCCCUUACCGAGGGGCACUGAACACUAGUAACAAAAUAGAUUUCUUCUGAUUGAGCAAUCCCACUUCUAGGAUUAUACCCUAAAGAUACACUGACAACAAAAGACAAUAUAUGUGCACAGAUUAUUUGUUGCAGCCUUGUUUGUAACUGCAAAAGCUGUGGAACAGCCUGAAGAGUCUCAAGUGAAACAGUCAUAUAAAAUGGCACUUCCACACGGUGGAAUGUAAGCCAGUUGUAAGUGAUGAUAGCUACCACAGUAGUAGAAUAAGGAAGAACUCAGCUGACGUGGUUUUCAGGAUAUAUUAUUAAUUGAAAGAAAGCAACACCCAAGAGUAGAGUGUGCUACCUUUUGUGGAAGAAAGAAGGGGAAAUAAAAUACACACGUACUUACUCUUGUACGAAAAGAAACCCAGGAAGGAGAAAUCGGAGACUAAAGAGAUUGGUUAUGGGGGUGGGGCGGAGAUGUAACUUUUGUACCUUUUGGGAAGUUCUGAUUGGGGAACCAUGGUAAUAUAUUGCACAAACAAAAGUAAACAAGGGUAGGGAAAUAAAACAGUGGAGUAUAUGAACGGAACUGUAUUGCGCAUGAAUUGCAUAUCCACAACAAGGGGGAGAAACACCGAAGUGAAUUUUAAACACCUUAUUUUGACUUAUGCCCUCAGACGAGAGACAAAAAAGAACCUAAACAAAUACUAAACGCUUGUUAGUAGCCUUGUUUUUCACCAGCAUAGGUGAGCAAUGCCAAAGGUGCUUUGUGUGUACUCUAGGAUUGAGUAAAUAAGUAUAUUAUGGAUAAUGGAGCCGGGUUUCUCACUGUCAAGGGAAUUGCAAAUAUGAAGAAGGGAAAGAAUGACUCUUGUGUUGUUUUGAAAUUGGAAGUAUCGGUGUAAACUCAUGGUUUUUAAUAUGUUUAUAGACCAAUAAGGAAAUGGACAUGGGGUACUAUUUCCUACCCCAGCCAUGAGUGUAACCAACGACCACAUCUUGUUUCCUGAGUGCCAUGCUCCACCAGAAGGUUCUGGGGCUCCUCAGAAACAUGACUGGUUCCAGGGCUGGGACUGGGGAAAUUACAGAAUAAGCCUGGAAUACCUUGCUAUACUGGAAAGGAAGCAAAUGCCUAAAGAAUGCCAGGAACGUGUCAAAAGGACACAGGAGACAGGGGGACCAAAGCAUCUCCAGGAGUAGGACAGAUGACACACUACAGACACAGCAUCACAUCUGUGAAAAUGCCACCAAAAGUGCAAAGCCCAAAUCCAAUCAGAAAAACCCACACUGAAGGAAAGUUUUCAGAAUAAUUAGCCUGUGCUUUUCUUUUUCUUUCUUUUUUUUUAAAAUUAAUUUAUUUGGCUGCAUUGGGUCUUUGUUGCUGCGAAUGGGCUUUCUCUAGUUGCGGCCAGCGGGGGCUCCUCUUCCUUGCGGUGCGCGGGCUUCUCAUUGCGGUGGCUUCUCUUGUUGCAGAGCAGGGGCUCUAGGCGCGCGGGCUUCAGUUGUUGUGCUGCCACAGUAGCAGCAGUUGUGGCUCGCAGACUCAGUACUUGUGGCUCGCGGGCUCUAGAGCACAGGCUCAGUAGUUGUGGCGCACGGGCUUCGUUGCUCCGUGGCAUGUGGGAGCUUCCCGGACCAGGGCUCAAACCCAUGUCCCCUGCAUUGGCAGGCAGAUUCUUAACCACUGAGCCACCAGGGACUUCCCUAGCCUGUGGUUUUCAAUGUCAGUGUCAUGAACCCUUCCAGAUUAAAGGCUAAAACGACAUGGCAACUGAAUGGCAAAAUCUGAAUACGGUUUGUUGUAGGUUUUAUGGUCCCAAAUCAAUGUCAACUUCCUGAUGUUAUGACCGCACUGCAGCCGUGUAAGGCAACGUCCUUGUUUGGGAGUAACACACGAGUUACUUAGAGGCAAAGGGGCAACUUAACUGCCAGAUGGUUCACAGGAGUGUGGAGAAAGGAUGAAGCAAACGGGGCAAGACGUUAACAUUGAUGGAACCCAGGAGGUGGGUACCUGGGAGUGUUUCUGCAACAC